CUGUUGAAGUCAGUCCACUCCUGGAUGUGAUGAUUGCACCUUCAUCCACUCCCUGCUGAAGUCAGAUCAGCGAGGAGGAGCGGCCAUACAGCCAAAAGGGACACGCAGACACCAUGCAGGCCGACAACAAGGAGGUGGACGGCGGCCUGCUGCCCGACGGCAAAGAAGCCAGCCCCGGCGGACACGAGGCGGAGGGCUCCAAGUGGCAGAGGCCCAGGUUCUCGCGAAAGUCUCUGAUGAGGUGUUGUCUGGUCAAGUGGAUCAUCGCCAGUACUACUCAGCAAGGACCAGAGAACAGCGACAGCGACCUGGAGCUCUCCAUGGUGCGCCACCAGCCUGAGGGUCUGGAGCAGCUUCAGGCGCAGACUCAGUUCACCAGGAAGGAGCUUCAGUCCCUUUACAGAGGCUUCAAAAACGAAUGUCCCAGUGGGCUUGUGGACGAGGAAACCUUCAAGACUAUUUACUCACAGUUCUUCCCUCAAGGAGACGCCACCAUGUACGCACAUUUCCUGUUCAACGCCUUCGACAUGGACGGAAGCGGCUCCAUCAGAUUCGAGGACUUUGUGCUGGGCUUGUCCGUGCUGCUUCGAGGCUCCGUCACAGAGAAACUACGCUGGGCGUUCAACCUCUACGACAUCAACAAGGACGGCUACGUCACCAAAGAGGAAAUGAUGGCCAUAAUGACGUCCAUUUACGACAUGAUGGGCAGGUACACCUUACCCAGCGUACGAGAAGACUCCCCUUAUGAACACGUGGAGAAAUUCUUCCAGAAAAUGGAUCGCAACCGAGAUGGAGUCGUGACCGUUGAGGAGUUCAUAGAAACCUGCCAAAAGGACGAAAGCAUUAUGUCUUCCAUGCAACUCUUCGAGAACGUCAUCUAGGAUCAACUGGAGAAAUGAUCUCCUGCAACACCCCAGGUGUCAUUGACCACAAUGUAACCUCACCUAUGCAGAGCAAUCGUCGCCAGGCCACGUUUUCUUCGCGUUUGUUCUUUUCAAAGCACAAAAACUUCAAAGUCGGCAGUCCACAGAGUAUUAAAAGCAUGUGAUACUUGACAAAAUCCUCACAUUUUUCGAGCGUUACAGUACAUCUUCUCAGGGGACAAUACAAUAGACAGGAAACUUGCUUUGGAGUAGGGAUGUCUCCGACAUUUUGGCCCUCAGAUCCGAUACUUUGACAGUAGAUUGUGAUGUGUAUUUCCGGUCUUGUCGUCCUCGUCCGGCAGUGCGGCUGGAUCAAAAGAGACGUCGGAGACGCUUUACUGAACCAAAAGUUGCUUUAUUACAAGCGAGUGUCAUUACAC